AAGCCCGAUUAUUUACCUUAGCUUGACCUAGCCAGAUAUCUCCUUCAACCUUGACUGAGUCAAUCGUCUGCUUUUCUAGGAGCUAUGGCUACAUGUGUUUACGAAAUAGCUGAAUCAACGCUGGGCCGGAUAAUGUCUGAUCUAUGGAGAUACAGCCAAGUGGAUAAGCCACUCGACAACGUACUCAAGAAGGUAUUGCAACUGAAGACUCAACUCGAGGUACAGAAAGUCCUCCAAGAAAAUGCUAGGUUAUUGAAACAGCAGCCGAUAGACCAGCCACUCCCAAGGCAGCAAGCUGUUCGUGUGAAGCAUCUUAUGAAGUUUGUUUUUGAGCAAAAAAGCCGCCAAAAAGAAAAACAGGAGAAAUUAAGACGUCUCACAUGCAAUUCAUUAGUUUUCCUGGGCAUAUCUUACAAUGUGAAGGCACUCUAUGAGAUGAGGAUUCCCGAGUUUGACUUUGUUGUACACAAUAUCGAAAAGUUCAUACAGCAACACAAUCUUAACGAUUACAUGUAUCGGAAAGACAUUGACAGAGUGAUCAAUCAACAAUUCGAAGUUGAUGACGAUGAUGAUAGUAGGUUACUAAAGGAAUUCCUCAAGCAACGUAUUGAACUUCGGCCUUUGAAACGAAAGUUUGUUGAUGAUCGAAGACCUGAACCGCUCGGUGGCGAUAAUACUUCGCUGGGAAGCACAGUGGAUGGUGUUCAAGAGCGACAGGCAGAAAUACCGACCAUGAGCAUACCGUCAACUGAUUCGCUUACAGGAGCCGUAUAUCAACUCACUAUCAAAGAUGCCCAAGCAAUUACUAUGUCCGACCACAUCCGGGGUGGAAUAUGGUUAACAAACACAUACAAUAUGAACUUCCCGCCUUUCGUCACGAUCCCGAUUUCUCAAGAGAUGAGUGACAGGUUUGCGACACAAUGUCUGCAAAUAAACUUCUCCUCUGAACCUGGUGUUUAAGAGCUGCAGUGAAGCACAUUUAUCCUAGCUGUCAGAUCCAUUCGAUCUUCGGAUAUAUCCCAGUCUGAUUUUCCCGAUCGUGUAGUAAUACCAGUCGCCAUCCCAAGGCACUAAGACCACUUUUCCAGACUCUUCCGUUCCUACACCAUCAACAAACUUUCCACCAUCUAUUUCAUGGAUUCUGACUGCCCCUGCGUUGCUUCCAAUGUCCACCACAACAGCUAGUGUGCCUGGGUUGGGACUUGUUCUAACGUUGUUCGUCGGAGAGAACCACUCAAUAGUGCAGUCGAUAUUAUUUAC